AUCCGAUGUGAAAACACACAGGCAGAAUAAAUGCGUUCAUAAAUGAUUGUGAUAAAGCCGUUAUUCAGCGUUUUCCUGCUCAUGAUGAGUCAGUGUGAGCACAGAUAUGAUCCUCCUGUGCAGCAGCUCUAAUGGCUCGAAUAAACCGGACAUUUGUGUUGAGUCUCCUCAUCGCUGCCAGCUCCAUAUUCCUGCUGUUCCAGCUCUUCAGCUACAGACAGACGAAGAAUGGGCUCAGCGUCUUGAGUAGUAAAGGAUAUCUGUCUGGGAAAGAGGCACACUGGCAUUUGCUGAAGAAGUUCCUGGGGCUGGUCCAUAAGUUUAAACUGCCGGUGUUUCUGGUGGACACGGCCUCUCUGAAGCUCCUGUCCCAGGAUGCCGUUCUGUACAGGGACAGUCAGCUGAAGGAGCCCCACUGCAGCUUCCUCUGCACACACCGAGACUUCACCACCUUCGCUCUGUACGGAAACCUCUGGAAAUAUGAUGCCGCCCUGUUGGAGGCGGCAGCUGAGCGCGGUCUGGAGCUGAUGGAGAUUCAUGGGAAAGAUCCCAGACUGGUCAGCAUGGAUGAUCUGACGGCCAAAGAAAUCCCACUGCACUUCCUUUUCCGCUUUAACAGCCGUCUGGUUCAUGUGGUUGUCCUGUACGAGCGCAGCGGGAAGUACCUCUGGCACGGCCCGCUCAGGCUGAAGGCCAGUAUGGACCGGACCUUUGCCCCUUUCGGGAAACUGGACUAUGGCCGUCAUGCCGGGGCCUAUGACAGGCCGGAGCUCAUUCUGACCACUCUUGAUGGGCUUGAUGUAAGAAUCCCCAGAAACUUCUCUGGCUUCCUGCGAGAGUUUUCCAGCAGUCGCUUUCUGGAGUGUCGCAGUAGAGAAGCCAAGGCCUUCUUCCAGUGUGAAAAUAAUGUUGUGCAGCUGUACCCAGAAGACACCUCUGCAGAGGCUGUGGACUUCAGGAUGAGGGCUAAAAGUCUGCUUCAUCUGGCUUCCAAAGUCCUCUCUGUGCUUGGAGUCCCUUUCUGGCUCAGCAGUGGAACCUGUCUCGGAUGGUACAGACAGUGUAAUAUCAUUCCCUACAGUAAAGACGUUGAUCUGGGCAUUUGGAUUAAAGACUACAGGCAUGACAUCACUCAGGCGUUUCAGAAGGCUGGUCUCCCACUGAAACACAAGUUCGGGAAGGUGGAGGACAGUUUGGAGCUCUCCUUUCAGGGAAACGAUGUGAAACUGGACAUUUUCUUUUUUUAUGAUGAAGGUGACGUUGUGUGGAAUGGAGGCACACAGGCAAAGAGUGGCAAAAAAUUCAAAUACGUGUUCCCACGAUUCAGCCUGUGUUGGACCGAGCUGAUGGAGCUGAAGGUCCAGGUUCCCUGCGAGACCGGAGACUAUGUGGUGGCCAACUAUGGACCCAACUGGAAUGUUCCUGUGAAAACCUGGGACUGGAAGAGCUCCCCGUUCAACGUACAGGAGAAUGGCGUCUGGCCUGUGAGGGAGUGGGAUGAUGUCAUUCAAGUUUACUGAAGCAUCAUGGGAGUUAGGGUGUUUUGUUAUACUCCUGUUGAUAUGUGUCAUAUUGCAGUUACAAUGUUACAAACCACUCUGAGCUUCUACUAACGCCCCUCUGGAAAUGCUUUAGUGUUCCCUGAAAGUCCGACUGUCUUUGAAACACUAAGAGAACAUUGAUUAAAAAAACAUUAGAUGAAAUAAUCAUGCUUAGAAUGUACAGAAUGUGUAAAUAAAAUGCUGCUGUGCUCUGGGUACUGAUAUAUGUAUGUUGUUGUUCUGAAUAAACUCUUGUGUGAACAA